CAGUGUCUCCACGGAAGCCAGAGGGAGAGGGUGUCUUUUUGGUGACGGCAGCUAAGGAGGUGGGGGAGCCAGAACGGUGAACAGCCUUGCCGGGAGCGGACGCACACACACGCAGGCUCCCAAACGCUAGCCUAGAUCACGUUACUGGACUUCUGCUGUUGUUUUUUAGUCAUUUUUUGUACGAACUUGUGGUCUUUCGGUGUGAUUUAGCGUUUAGCGUUUUGUUGUUGGUCUUGAAGAAAAGAUACAGCCGUGCCAUCAGUCACCCGCCUCUGUCAAAGGAAGUGGAGAUUUGCAGCUUGACUUGAUGUUUGGGAAGGUUCGGUGAAAAACACGAAACUAACCUAAACACACACGCACACGCACAAAAAAAAGGUAAACUAAACCCAAACACACACACACACACACACACACACACACACACACACACACACACACACACACACACACACAUACCCACAGACCCGCCCCCAUGGACUCGUGGUCUCGGCGACGGUCUGGUGUGGCGCGGGCGGUGGAGGGCGUGGUGAAGCGGCGGAAACACGUGGUGCUGGUUGGGCUGGACGGUUCUGGCAAGACUACAGUGCUGACCAGACUCAAGUACAGGUGUUAUGUGGCCACGACCCCCACCAUUGGCUUCAACCACGAGAAGGUGUGGGGAGGAGGAUACCGGUGGUCGUGUUGGGACGUGGGCGGAGGAGAAAGACUGCGCCCCUUGUGGUCCUCCUACACACGAGCUACGGAUGGUCUUGUGUACGUGGUUGAUUCUGCUUCCCCCACGGACGUCAUGGAGGAGGCGAGGGUGGAACUGGCCAGGGUGUUGAAGAAGUCACGAGCUUCUUCCGCACAGCUGGGCAUCCCCACACCCCCUCUCCUUGUGCUGGCCAACUUCCAGGACCAGAUACACGCCCGUUCAGCCCAGGGCGUGGCACUCUCCUUGGGCUUGAGCGAGGCCGUGGGCGUGGUGUGGGCGGUGGCUCCCGUGUGCGCCCUCACAGGAGAAGGGCUGGACGACGCCAUGGCGACCCUCAGAGCGCUCAUCGACAAGGUCCGGCAGGAGGCGCGUCGGCGGGACAGGUGGCGCUGAGAUAGAGUUAACAUGCUACAGAUAAGCUAUGUACUUCGAGACUUCCUCCUUCACUUCCCAGCGGCGAGGGACACCCGUGGCCCUACCUGUGGUCCCCCUCGCUACCUGCACGCAGCUGGCACCCUUACCUGGCAUCCCCAGCUGGUUGGAAUCAAGCCAGCGGGAUGUUUGUCCUGUAUUCUCACUCCUUUCACUCCCUUCACCUCCUGUCACUCUAUACGCCCUCCACACACAGAGGCGUCCUUCAGCCAGCCAGUCAAGCAAACACUACCUCCUUCCCUACCUCCUGCCCUUCCCGCCCUUCCCGUCAGCACUCCCUUAGGCCCCGAGGCUUGGGUGGACUUCUGAAGUGUGUUGCCCUUUGUCACCUCUUGGCCUGUGUCGGCUCCUCUUUGUUUUGUUUUAAGAUGUGUUUGUGUGCGUGUGCCUGCCGCCGUCAGGAGGUGAUUAGCGCGGCCCCGUCAUAGAGAGACGCUAACGAGGCACUGAUGAACGAAACCACAGACUCACGUGUACAGAGGAGGGUGGAGGUGAUGACGGCAAUGUACUGAGACAGAUUAGCACGCCGGCGCUCUCACCGAUAAGACAGAAAAAAAAAAAAAAAAAGAGAGAGAAAUGAACGAAACACUCAGCUCACGACCCUUUAUCUCACGAAACUCGACGAAACCACGAACAUGAACGACCCGCAUCCCGAUGAAGACUGCGAUACCGAAGACGACUCCCUGUCCCCCCACGACCUCGACCUCGACCCCUCAGCCUCCUCCAGCGACGUCGGCAGGAGGAGCCUUCAGGAGAGCUGCAAAAGGAGAGAAGGAAAAACACAACAGAACACAAACGAAGAACAAACAAUGGUGGCUUUUAAGGUCCAUACAAGGCUGUUUGUGUAGGAUAGGAAGGCGAAGAGGAAGGAGGAGGAGGAGGAGGAGAAGACCAACAAACUCAGGAUGGAUAUAGAAUAGUUUGCCUUGUUUGUGAAGUGUAAUAGUAAAAAUAGUAGUGUUUUCAAUGUACUAUCUCUCCUAUCAUGUACUAGAGUUGUUGCUAUUGUACUAUAUAGAAAAACGUACUACUACUACUACUACUACUACUACUACUACUACUACUACUACCACCACCAAAAUUAUGAUGUGUAUUUUUUAUUCACAAUAGAUUCGAAACUGAUCAAUUACAACAACAAAACAACAACAACAACAACAACAACAACAACAACAACAACAAGCUGGCAGGGACUCGCCUUUCCCUAGAAAAAUAAGGAAAUAAGAGGAAACAAAGAAGAGGGAAGACUGUGUGUUUCCCCAAUCAUCUUCCUUCCUUCUUCCCUCCCCAAUCUUCCUCUUCCUUUAGUCUUCUUCCUUCUCUCCUUCUUCAGCUCUCAGUUUAUCAGUUUUGUUGAAUAUUUCCUCGUAGUUUCUGUGUGUUUUAUUUACUCUGUUUUAUUGCGAUUUAUCUAUUUAUUCAGCGUUAUUUUAUUAGUUGUACAUUCUCUCUCUCUCUCUCUCUCUCUCUCUCUCUCUCUCUCUCUCUCUCUCUCUCUCUCUCUCUCUCUGUUCACUUAGUAAUAUAUAUUUAAUCUCCAUAUACAUAAUUUUAAAAGAUUUUAUAUAACUUAAUCAAAAAUAAACAGUAUUAUACGAG